CCUGAACGCGCCUAAACUAACAUCGAAGUGAGUGAACUGUGCAACAUGCAACUAACGAACAUGAGGCAAUUAGCAGUCUUCCUUGGCUACUUAGUAGCGCAAGUAAAGACCUAUCCUACGCAAGGGUGGCCUAUGUACCCACAAAUGUCACGAGAAUAUACGGACGAUGAAUAUUACUACGCUCCCAAAAUACAAUACUAUUACGAUGCUCCAGCAAUUAAUGUACCCGAAGUACACGGUCAAGUUCCAUACCCCUAUUUCUAUGAUCCUUAUGGUCAUUUCACGGAAAAUGAAGCGCCUAAAAGACAAGAGGAGAGACUUGCGGCUCUUCCAAUCGGACAGGAGACAUGGUUUGAGAGCGACACCACGCCCCGCUGGAGAACUAACGACAUUGAUGACGUCAGUGCUGCGUUCCUCGACAAUUUAAUUCUCACACAAAUGGCUCAAGACGCACAAAGACGGCGCGAAAAUGCCCGAGCAGCGUUUCCGCCUGUUGAUUAUGAGGAACGAGAUGUCGAGGACGAAGACGUCAGAGAAUUGAAAGCUCUAGCAGGCAAACCAUUGUAUCACGUACCGAAAACUGUUCCUCGAUACGACGAAGAUGAUUAUGCUUCCGAUGACGGAUUUAUCAACUGGAAUAGUAACAAGAGGAGCGUUACCACUGCGGCACCUAUUCUCAGCACGGAUUCAACUAAUACGGGUCAGAAAGAAAUAGUCGUGCCACGACCGGGACAAUCAUUUCAAAAUCAGGGCAAGCAUGCAAAAAGGAAUGACUUUUACGAAACCAUUGCACAAUUACUGGAGAACAAAUCUAUCAAUACCAAUACCCAAGGUACUGACAAGGAAAGAAGAAUCAAAAAACGAUUCGUAGCCGGCGAUUCGGACCUUGUGCUUGAACUGAGGGGUUUAAAACAUCGCAUUGCCACUUAAAUGGGAACGUUAAAUUUUCGCCAAAAACAUGAGACUGAGUAUUACGUAGAUUUGUAAGACAUGCAAUUGCGACGAUAGAAAAGUCGCUAAACAGGCAUUCAAAAUGGAAAAAAAGAUUAGACUACUUUAAAAUUCGUAUAAAUCGCCAAUCAUACAGUUAAUCGGCCAUUACUAAAAUAAUACCAUUGUCAUCGUGUCAUAGUAGUACGUACGAUAUUUAUCUUUGUGACGUUACUUGACUCUUAAAAGUUUUGAAUACCUUUUCUAACUUUAGAUACUAUACCUAUUUAAAUACUUUACGGACGUGUAAAUGAUCGUACAAAAUGUGACUAUAAUCUCCAUAAAAGAAAAUAAAUAGCAGACUGUGUAUGUUAUGAAUGAAUAUGUGACAUAUUAUAUAAUUAAAUUGUAUUUAUAAUUGUAAAGGUUGCUCCCUUCAACCGGCAGCUAAGAUAGCGCACAACGUGUGCUUUGUAAAUAUAUGUAGGUACUAAUUUAUAUCUCUAAGAUUAACUACUAUUUAGAUAGAAAUCAAUACAUUAAUAAAUGUUGAAUCAUA